AUGCUGGACGAUUGGAAGAAGGCAGGCUGCGAUAACUUGGAGCUCACUCGCCGUCUGAUUGAUUUGUUCUUCGUGUCCGUGCUCUUGGAUGCCGGGGCAGGUGAUUCCUGGGCCUAUGUCGAGCCUCAAACUGAGCGGAAAUAUGAACGGAGCGAAGGCAUUGCUGUCGCUAGCCUGUACAUGUUCAAGUCUCUGGCCUUCACAGCAUCAAAAUCUGCGGGAAUCCCAUUAGUGGAUGGAAAGGGUCUGGAGAGCCUGACGACGGAGGAGCUCGCGGAGGGAUUCCAGGUGUCGGACAAAAACCCAAUGCUCGGAGUUGAGUCUCGUGCUGCCCUUCUCAGAAGUCUGGGACAGUCCUUACUGGCUCACUCCGACAUCUUCGGCGCUGAAGGCCGCCCGGGCAACCUUGUCGACUACAUGAUGAAAACUGCCAAUGACUCCACGAUCGACGUUCACGUUCUCUGGGACGUCCUCCAGAGUCUUCUCAUUCCUAUCUGGCCCAAGGAUCGGACGACCAUCGGGGGACAGCCGAUCGGGGACGCAUGGCCGUUGAGUACUUUACAGAGACAAGCCAAGUCCGAUGACAGCACAGCCGGCAUUCAACCAUUCCACAAGCUGACCCAAUGGCUCACGUAUUCAUUGAUGGUCCCAUUCGUGAGGAUCCUUGGCAUGAAAUGGGCCAAUGCUGAAUCAUUGACGGCCUUGGCUGAGUAUCGCAACGGAGGCCUCUUCGUUGAUCUGGAGGCUCUGACGCUGAAGCAAGAGGCGCUCGAGCGAGGCCUGAAAGCAUCGGGCCAGAAGUUACCGCUCUUUGACGCUGGGGACGAUGUAAUCGUAGAAUGGCGUGCUAUGACGGUGGUGCUGCUCGACAUCGUCUACGAGAAGGUCUUAUCUCGGAUGGAAGGCGUUCACUUGACCGUAGCGCAGUUCCUGGAGGCUGGAACCUGGAAGUCUGGAAGAGAGAUCGCGGCACAGCGUCGACCAGAGACGAAGUCGAGUCCGAUUCUGCUCAAGAGCGAUGGCACUGUGUUUUAA